UAUCCCUAUCCAUCACAGCCCUCGACACCGACGACGCGCAUGUUUCAACGCCAUCAAGAAUUCGCCUGCAAUCAAAACAACUAAACACCGCGAGCCUGCGAUGCCGCCCGCUGCGAGCCAGAAGGGCACCGGCAAGAAGGCCGGGCCUGGUGCCAUGCGACAGCGAAGUCGCAACACAACUCCCAGCUCCAUCACUCCGUCCGCGAGCUUGCCCCCCAUCGAAGCCGUGGAUACAGAGUAUCUCGAGCUCCGCGUCGAGCAGUUCCGCAACCUCAACUAUGACGACCUGGUCGAUCAGGGUGCGUCCAACGCCGUCAUGCCCGAUUCCAAGAGCCUUGACGGCAUGAUCGCACGCCUCCAGCGUCUACAGGAGACCAUCGAUAGGCGUAGCAAUUUCUGCGAUAGGGGCAUGCGGAUACUAGCCAGCACGCGCAAGCAAUACAUCAAUGACGUCGAAGAGGGCACUGACACUGCCGGAAAGGCCGAGGGGGACAGCAAGAAGACCAGCAAGACCAACAAGAAGAAGAGAAAGGCGGCCGAUACCCUUGCACCCCCCCAGGAAGGGGGAAUUGAACGAUCAUCCCCGCUUAGGGAAUCCACUAAGCCACGAAAGCUUUCGCGCGACUCGGCCAGUUCUUCCUUGUCACCCGUCGCUCCUGCAACACCAUCAGCAAUGGAAGUCGACGAGAAGACGAAAAAAGAAGACAAUGAGGAGGAAGAAGAGAGUUCAGAAGACGAGGGCGCGCCGCCCAAAAAGGCGCAACCUGCCGCGCACACCUUCGGCGACGACCCCUCCACCUUCCCCGACCCGACCGUCUACGAGAUUCGCCCAACACACUCUGGUAUGUCCGAUGAAGAGUUGAAGGAGAUUUACUCGGUCGCUGUCUUCCCCAGGACCGACCUGGCCGAUGUAAUCGCUGGCGACCCUCCGGACAAGGACUUCAGUAGUGCCAAGCCCACGAACCAGAUCAGCUUUUCAACCUUCUCGACAUACUUGGAACCCUACUUCCGCCCCUUUGCCGAAGAAGACCUAGCGUUUCUACGAGAGCGCGGCGACCGCGUUACACCUUUCCACAUGCCGAAGAGGGGCAAGAAACAUUACACCGAGAUUUGGGCAGAGGAGGAUGGUGCCAUGGCUCUCGAUAAACCUUUGAACGGGCGCGAACAAUUGGCACCUAAUCAACCCCGUGGCGCGAUUGAUAACAUGGACGACGAAGUCGCCGAGACAGACAAGCUUUCGGUCGGGCCGUUGCUGUCGCGCCUAAUGCAAGCCAUGCGACCGGAGAACCGGCCACAGGCGGACGAGGAUAAGGGCCUCAACGGCGUCACCAACGGUGACACUACCAUUAAUGGCGGUAGUGUGAACGGGGAGAAUGGAGAGCCACAUCAGAGUUUCGGUGACGAUAAGGCGCCACCGGUCCCCCCUGCAUCCUUCAUGCCAGAGUCGAACUCGGAGGCAUGGAAGAAAGCCUCGCACCCCAAGCUGGAGUACACGCAAGUCGACGAGCGGAUCAAGCAGGAACUCAGACACAUCGGCUUCCUUCCUCAGGAAGGCAACUUUGAGAGCGAGUACGACGGCGCGUUCGACGACGAAGUGGCAGCUAGGCUGCGCCUGCUGCAAGGCCGCUUGCGUGAACAGAUGCUCAUCAACGGCGCACGCAAGUCCCGACUUACAGAACUGGUCAAGGAGCGCAUGGCGCAUCAAGAGUACCAGACGAUUCUUGAGGAUCUCGAUACACAAGUACAGGCUGCAUACCUGAAGCGCACGCGCACUAUGGGCAAGAGCAAGAAGAACAAGCGUCCUGGCGGAGCGGGAGGUGGCAGCCAUGCCGUCGGCGGCGCGGCCGGUAUGGCGAGACCGGGAAUUGGCGACAUGACAAAGACGCUGAUGGAGCGUCGCAAGCGUUGGAUCGAUACCAUUGGAUCAGUCUUUGACGACGAAAGCUUGGGCAAAGUUCCACGUAGCUCGGAUCCCGACUCCUCCAUCUUUCGAGCGAACGUCAUGUCAGACUUGAUGAAGAGGGAAAAGUCACAAUGGGACGAGGAAGUCGAGGAGGAGUAAUCGGCAGACGGUGCUGAGGGCAACGAGCAAUCAUGAUGUACACUAUGACUACUGGCACUGGCGCGUGUUUUGCGCCGGUCCUUGGGUUCUGGAAGGCGGGCUUUGGAGCGCAAGUCUAUUUUGAGGCUCGGCUCGGUGGACGGCGUUGGGAAUAGGAGGGAGGUUUGCAUGUCGAUGUGCUCGAUUGCAACUCGAUUGGUGACCAUAUCACCGCUAGAUUAUGCCAAUAAAGAAACCGAGAUAUCAUUUUAGAAGUACGCUUCUCUGAAACUAUAACCAAAACUUCCCAGAAGUGUUUGCCGCAUGACUUAGGGUUAUAGAAUUCAUUGCAUCUCUGGCUGGAAGGUUUAGAGUCAGACGACAGCUUUCAGUCAGCGGUACUAUUUAUGUUGUGGAAAGAUCCUUUUACCCCCACACAUUGUCGUUGUAGACGGCAAUUGUUUUAGGCAUAGACUCAGUUUCUACUUGCUAUGGCUGAAAGGAAUGUAAAACGUUAACACGUGCAGGAGGCAAUGGCAUUGGACUCGUUGUGAGACCAGGCACUCCGGUCUAAGUCUAGAAAUUUACAUGUUUAACACGCCAAAGUCGACAACGCCUACCUACCUAACGGGGCAGUGAUGACCACCACUCAGAGAGUACGCGUCCCUCCACUUUGUCCUCUAGGAAACAUGGUCAAAACUUACUUUUGCUCUGACUGACUUAGCUGUCCAAGAACCUGUCCGGCUCUUCCAAUUGGAACUUCUACAAACCAGGCAGGCAACCAUGAACGACCGGGACUGCCUCUAUGGUUGACUUCCGCCCCAACUUAUAUCCUCCAUCAUAGACGAAAGGGUUAACUUCUAUCUCAAUCUUAUUUGAUCAACAAGAAGGCGAUGUGCCCAAUCUAGUGCGCGCAAUAGCCUUUUGGAGUGUAGCUGGUUCCUACGGUUGAGUAUCACUGCGUCAGCGUGCGCCGCCAGAUGUUACUAGUAACGUCCUCAUUCCUACUGCUUUGCUGGCUGACAGAUCAACUCGCCUCCUGGCCAAGACAAGGAGACUGCGAUAUCAUGAUUGGUUCUCGCUCCGUGGGGCUCGCUCGAUGUGAGCUGAGGAGAAGGAGGAGGAAGAGGAGGAGGAGAGAGAGUGCGGUUCACUGGGGCUGGGUGCUGGUAAUAUG